AUGGGGAUCACAGAAUUUGAUUUGCAGCCUCUUAAAAAGAUCAAAGUGCCAGCUGAUUAUGAGAAUGAUGUGUAGUUUUAUACAGAGGCAAUAACUAGGCAGCAUGAAAAAAGGAGACAAAAAUUACUAAUGGAAUAUGAAGAAUUAUUAAUUUCAAAAUAAGUUGAAAGUUCUCAUGCCCCAUAAUCGAUUGUUUAAGAAGAUAAAUCUGAGAGUGUACAAAGUUCUAAAAUAAAUGAAAAAUUGAUGAGGGUGUAAAAGAUAAAUUAAGAGCAACGAGAAUAACAACUACUGCUAUAUUCUCAGAAACAAUAGUUAAUAGAAUCACGUAGAAAACAAAUCAGCAGUGAAAGAGAACUUAAAGCAUAAUAAAAAGAAGUAUUAGACACCUCACGAAUGGAAUAAGUUUAACGAAACAGAGCUUAGCUUUAGAAACUGACACAAGACAAAUUUGAGAAACGCAAAUUGAGUUAUGAUGCCAAGUUAUAAAAAUAUGAACUUUUUAGAUAAGCUUAAUACAUUGCCCCAAGAAAAACAAGGUUUGAUGAAACUAUGGCUCGAUAUUAGAGAAGUGUUCAGGAGAGGAAAUAACAAGAUAAGGAAAGAUUAAGAAAAUUAGAAGAAAGCUUAGAGAAGGCUAAUUCUAAGAAAUCUUCAAACAUCAUAGAAAUAAAGAGGAGAGGCUUGCUUGAAUAAUUAAAAAUAGAAGAUGUACUUUUCAACAGAGAAAGAUCAUAACAUGCAUAAUAAAUUCGAUUGCUAGAUAAAUUACAAGUGAGAACAGAGAUAUUGAGACCUAAUAAGAACGAACCCAAAGCUAAACCUUAUCCAUUCCCCAAGUUCCUCUGUCAAAAAGAGUAAAGAAAAGAAAACUCAUCAGCAAUAUUCCACUUUGCUUCAGAAAUUGCAGAGUAACUAGAUUAAGUUAGUAUCCAUGACUUAGAGAGUAAACUACUAGAGUUGAGCUCGGCUUAAGACAAAGUACAAAGAGAUUAAUUUGUUAAAACUAAUUAUUUGUUUUUAUAUAACUGAUAUGGAUUAUCUCACAUAAGAUGAAGUAGGCGGUAUUGUUGCCAAAGGUCUAGCUGCUCUCUAUUUAGAAAGGCCAUAAUUUCCGAUUGAUUAUCUUGCCAAAUGGCUGCUCACUUACUCGGAAUUGCUUAAGAAAUAAAAGACAAGGGAAGAAAGAGUAAUGAAUAAAAAUUCAUAAUCAUUAGUAACAAGUUAAAGAAACAAAAAUUAAGGAAUUCAAAGUUCUAACUGAACAAUUAGCAUAUCUGUAAGAAGAGAGUCUAAGACUUGAAAAUUAGUAAAAGGAGAAACAUGAAUAAUUUUUGGAAUCAAUUAAAUAGGCUAAAUAUCAUGAUGAAUUCUUAGGUGAUGUAUUUUGUGAUUAUGUGACAAAGCGAUUUGUAAUUAUCAUAUCUAAUUAAAGAGAGUGAAUUCUUAUGUUUGUGAACUUGAUUUUCCAAAAAAGGAGAUUGAUUUAAAUUAGGAAGAUGAUGAAAAUGCUCACAUCAAUUUAGAAGGAACAAAACUAUUGACAUAUAUUUACGCUGAUCAAAAUUCGAAAUUCCUUAUUGGUCAAAAUUUGCUACCAGAAACAGGAGUUACAUAUGAUGCAUUGAAAGAACCACAACCAGAUGAAAAUGGUGAAGUAGUUUAAACUAAUGGCAUCUAUAUCCAAAAUGUUGUCAAAGAGCCUAGAAUCGUAUAUCACAAAUGGCCUAAAUUGGGUGCUUAUUAUGCAAUCCCCCUUAUCUAUUAGAGUUGUCUUUAUGAACAAUCAUUUGAUUAAGGUAUUGAGCAGAGAUCACAGUAUUUAAUACUAAAAGAGAAUCAAGACAAGGAAAGAUCAGCAAAAGAAGCAGAAUUUGAGGAAAGACUUGAAUCAGAAGAUCCAGCUGUUAUUGAAUAGGAAAAACAAGCAUAUUUAGCUAGUUUAGAACCGCUUUUGGAGCCAUCAUUUGCAUAAUAAAAAAAGGAGUAUGUAUUUUGCAUUGAUACUUUGGGUUAAGACAGAGAAAUACCUGAAAACCAUAGACAAGAAAUUUUCGAUUUAGUUAAUUUGUUAAUUAAGUAAUGGGAACUCUAAGAAAUACAAUCGAUGAAGGCUGAUGUUGAAUUACAAUUGCAUUAUCAAUCUAAUUUGGGUGCUCCAUUCAAAGAAAUAUUAGAAAAUUGGGCAUUAGAGGAGGAAUAAUACAUUGAUAGUCACUCAGAGAAGUUAGCAGAAUUCAAGGAGAAUGAAAAAUUAUUAUCAUAUGAGACUGAUUGUUUGAGAUUAGAAAGAUUAAGGGAGAAAUUAAGUGAUAAGGAAUUUAUUUAGCCACUCCUAAAUCUGAGUAAUUGUAGAAUUAUCAAAUUCAAUACAAUCAUCUAAGCAGGUCUAUAUUUAAUUGGAGCAAAUAAAUUAGACAUUAAUUUACCAGAAUCCAAUAGAUUAAACAUAAGAAAAUUGGUUCUAGAUGAGAAUCUCAUUCAAUAGAUAGUGGCCUACAAUCAUAAGGGACCUAAGCCAGAACCACAAUACAAGUGGUGUUAUGUUGAUAGAGUUUAGAAGAGAGUUGAAAAAAUUGAAUAAGAAUAAGUUGAUGCUUACAAUGUAAUUUUGGGAAGAUUGCUGAAAUUUUUAUAAUUGACCUGUAAGUUAAGAAAACUAGAUAUUGAAAUCAGAAGAGAAAAUAUUGCUAAUAAGAGGAAGUAAAUUGAAUAAUUGAAGGAAGAGGCAUCAAAAUUGCUAGAACAAAAAGAGUUAGCAUUAAAGGAACAUAAAGAAUAGGUAAAUGAAUUAUUUAUAAAAGUUAUCUCCUGAAGAAUUAGAAGAGUUCAAUUAAGAAGAAUGGGAAGCUAAUUUUGAUAGUGAACAUCCAAUGCCAGAAAUACCUGAAAAUCCAGCAGAUGAGAUUGAUGAUGAUUAUAUUAUUGAGCCACCUUAACAAUGA